AUGAAAAGUUUUUUAUGUAUAUCAUUAAACAGCAGUCUGCACAUCGUUCAAAGGGAACAUUCUGCGUUACGGGAUGAAAGUCUUUUACAUUCUGCUCAUCAUACAAAGUUCAUUCAACUCAAAUAUCGUAGUGGAGUCUAUAGAAAUUGCAUGGAAGCAUCAUUUGCAGUGAUUAAAACAACAUUUGAACAACACUUAACAUCCUUUAUAGGUACGGAAACAGACAAUGAGAAGGUGAGAUACAUUAAACCUUUCCUAAAUUAA